UUCCUCAACAGUUAAUUCCUUUCCCUCUGAGCUGCUGUCUUUAGUUCACUAUCACUCAGCAGAGGAACAUGUCGAUGCCAAUUGCCUUCUACAUUUGCCUGACCCUGUUAUGGUCCAUAUUCUCUGGAACAGAUGGAUAUUUUCAUCAGGUUGUGAGUCAGUGUCGAUACUCCUCAAAGGACCUGCAUGGUAUAGAGUUUAUAGACUCUUAUGUUUUCAAUCGGGUUGAACAUAUCAGAUUCAACAGCACUGUGGGGAGGUAUGUUGGAUACACUGAGCUGGGUCUGAAGAAUGCAGAAGCAUGGAACAAAGGUCCUCAGCUGGGUCAAGAGCAGGGGGAGCUGGAGCGUUUCUGUAAGCGUAACGCUGAUCUCCACUACAGAGCCAUACUGGACAAGACAGUUGAGCCCCAUGUCAGACUGAGCUCAGUGACUCCCCCCAGUGGCAGACACCCUGCCAUGCUGAUGUGCAGCGCCUAUGACUUCUACCCCAAACAAAUCAGAGUGACCUGGCUGAGGGACGGACGUGAGGUGAAAUCUGAUGUGACCUCCACUGAGGAGCUGGCUAACGGGGACUGGUACUACCAGAUCCACUCCCACCUGGAGUACACACCCAAGUCUGGAGAGAAGAUCUCCUGUAUGGUGGAGCACAUCAGCCUCACUGAGCCCAUGAUGUAUCACUGGGACCCGUCCCUGCCUGAGGCUGAGAGGAAUAAGAUAGCGAUCGGUGCAUCUGGUCUGGUGCUGGGAACCAUCUUAGCAUUAGCAGGACUGAUCUACUACAAGAAGAAGUCUUCUGGGGUGCUCUAGUAGCAACAAGGUACAUUGGUGUAUCUGCUGCAGAAAUUGAUCCCAAAUGAGAUUUUCUUGCUUGUUAUGAAUCAGUGUUCCUGAAAGGACAUCUACUGCUGGAGUGUUUAACUGAAUAUUCAUCAAUACUUUCCUAAUGAAACAUAUUGUUGGAAACAUAUUAUCCUUACACCUUUCAUUAUUAAUCCAUUAACAACUUUAGGCUUGAUAGUAUUUAGACAGUUAGUGCUGAGAAUGAUGUAAUUAGUUGUUGAUUUAAUAGGGGUGGUAGAGAACUGCUUUAACUGACCUACUAUAACACUGUAAGUUAUUAUGAGUGGGCAGCACAUACAACAGUCCACUGUGCUGGGGGUUCUUUACUCAGCUUUACUGUUGUGUCUUUUUCACUAACAAAUAACACACUUGUUCUCAAAGGAACAAAAGACAAAGGAAUAAGUUCAGUAAAUGGUGAACUUAUUGUGUGUGGUAAUACUGCUGUUUUGAGAAGGAGUAAAACGCUGGUUAAUGAGAAUAGAAAAUAGCUUCAGUCUGUUUUCAUUUCUUCAUGUUUUAGACUUUAAAUGUCCCCCUGUACUGACAUCCCACCCCUGUACUGACAUCACACCCCUGUACUGACAUCACACCCCUGUACUGACAUCACACCCCUGUACUGACAUCACACCCCUGUACUGACAUCACACCCCUGUACUGACAUCACACCCCUGGAAAGCAACCUCCUUCAUGUCUCGUUGAUAAGAUUUUAUAUGGUUGAUUUCAGCUCCCUUCAUUUUCUGCUCUGUCAUUGUUGUGGUUUCAGGUCUCCUAUUUAACUGGGACAUAUUUUACACACCUUUGAUUUGGUACAAGCUUUUCAAUAAACCAUUAAACAUGU